UGCUCUCCCCUUCUCCCUCAGGUGCGGUGCUCUGCGCGCUCGUCACCCUCGACAUGUUUUCGCACUGGUACCACAUGUACGCCUCGCUCAAGCUCGGCCUCGGAUCGCACAAGGAGAGCACACGCAGUAAUGCACUUCGCCGCAGCGCACUCGCCGCAGCGAACGUGCCGCAAUGCACAUGCCGCAGCGCAUUCGCCGCAGAGUGCAUGCCGCAGCAGUGCACACGCUGCGCACACACGCCGCCUCGCAGAGCGAGAUGAGCCGAGAGGAGCCGAGGUUGGCCAACCGCUCCUCUCCAGGAGUGCGAGAAUGCGCUGCUCCGCUUCUACUACAAGAAGCCCGUCCUCUUCGUCGCCUGCGCCGGCACCGAGUUUUGGUACGUCGCGAUGUAUGCGGCGCACUUUGCCGACGCCGCGGACUAUGCCGGCCUGGUCUUGCGAGCGACGCUGCCAAUCAUGCUCUUCAAGCAGGUCUGCAACGCGGUGCAGCUCGGCGUGGCGAUGCGAAUCAUUCUCGAGUACGACGAGCAGGAGCGCCAAAAGGCGGAGAAGGCGGCCUAGCCGGCCCCGCCCCCCCGCCCCGUCCGUUUGCUGCCCCGCUCUGCGUGAUUCCAUGCCGCCGCCCCCCUGAUGUGUUGCCGGCCUGCGGUCCUCGUGUUGUGGCACGACCGCCCCGCUCCUCUUUCUCGCGCGCGGCGCGCUUCACCUUCAGCACGCCGCCCUUGACAGCACGAGACGCGGGCGGAAUCGCUGUCGGGAAGCGGAUGGUCGGGGUGGAUGACAAUGCUAUCAUAUCGAC